AUGGAUAUAGCUUCAGAAGGCUUGCGCCAGAAAGUUGAGAGAGUCUGGCCACUCAUUCUUUACAAUCUUCGCGCUGGGCGACUUGCGGGCUGUCGGUGUGGGCUCCACCAAGUUGAAGCGGGAGCGCGCUGGCAAAGCGGCUCUCGUUUGCACGAAGCUUCGUCGCCGGCCUUGCCGUCGGGGAAUGACCUGUCCCGCGUCUCCGGAGCAAUGAAAAGCUUGGUGGAGAUGGUGCGCGGAAUGGAAGCUGGCAAGCGGCGCGCCCCUGUGCAGCCGGUGCCGACGAAACGCCGAAGGCGGGCGCGGUCUCCAUCAACGGAGUCUCUGCCGAGCAUGGUGUGGUCCAGCCCUGUGGCAAUUUCCGACGUGGAGGAGCUUGCGCCUGGAGAUCCCCUGCAGGAGUUGGAUGGUGAGAAGGACCUUCCUCUCAUCGAGGAGCCGAGAAGAAUUCCGGUGGACUUGCGCCCAAACAUCUCCGAUCGGUUCAAGGAGCGGAGUCCCAGCUCAUGCACCGGGGAGGCAGAUGAAACAACUUGUGCAGCAUCCACACCGCGAGGUGAACCGUUCACCAACGAGCAGGGCACCCUGCAAAUGCAGGUGGUGCGGCUGGACAGUUUCGUGGUGGUGGCCGAAGUACAUGGCACGUGCGCCACAGGCGAGAGGGCGGACUGGCAGUUCGUUUACUGCCCGACAGCGCAGUGGUGGCAGGCAGCGAAUGUGCGAAACGAGCAGCUGUUGGAUUGGAUAGAGUGGGAGCAGAACGGGCUCCUUAUGACCUUGGUGGAUCGAGGGGCAUCGCUCAGGUUCCUCAUCCCCGGCAAGCCGCACCUGGACAGCGACGAUUUGGAGAUGAUAGCGGAGUAUCUGUCGACCGGCACGGCGCGACAUGUCGCAGCGAUGGGCUUCUCGGCUGGUGGCAUGCUCGCCCUGCGCUUGUUCAGGGUCUGCCCGGCCCUGCACAUCGUCGCAGCCGUCUCCCCUGCGCCGCUGUUGAACGAGGAGUGGCGUCAGGUGCCAGAGUUUGUGGAGGAGCUUUGCGGACAUAUCGAUCAGAGCCACCAGACGCUGCUGCUCAUGUGGGGAGCGGAGGACAAUUCUCAACGGCCAUUGCAGCCGUUGCAGAUGCACCCCAAAGUCGUCAAACACAGGAAGGAGCACAAAGGCCACAUCGGCUUCAUAGGCAAAGAUGACUUCCAGGAGCUCCUGGAUUUGAUUUUCCGGCUCUGCGGGGAUGCUGCCAAGGCUUCGCACUCGCCUUCGGCAUCCGUGAAGGCCUCGCCCUCGCCUUCACCAUCUGUGAAGGCCUCGCAGUUGGCUUUGGCAUGCAUCGGCCGCUUCAAGGCCGAGCCCGUCCCACACUUUCCACAAGACGAUGCAGCACCACCUCCGCCUCCUGGGGCCGAACCAGUCCCACAUUUUCCACAAGACGAUGCGGUGCCACCUCCACCGCCUAAGGCACCUGCAAAUGCAAGGCGCUCCAGGGAGGGCAUCGUGCUCGCCCUGGACCGCAACUUCCAGCCACCUCGCGGCAGGCUCCGCGACAAGGAAAACCAGGAGAUCGUCCUGUCUUUCGAGUUCGUUGGGGGCGAUGAUGUCAUGCCGAAGGUCGGCGAUCUGGUUCAGUACCUGUUUUCGGAUGGGGAGGCAGUGAACGUGCGGACCCUCAAGGGCUCUGCUCGAGCAUCAUCUUCGGUGAAGCCCACGGACUCCGAAGUGCGGAAAGCCGAGCAGUUCCUCCGGCGACAUGCUUUGAAGUCAUGGACGAAAGGUGAGCCGUUCACGCACUCCUCGAUGGCAGGAUACAGAGAUUACUUCUCCCACUCCGGGAAGUUUAAGUUCCCGGAUGAUGAGACCUCUCAGAAGGAGCUGGCAGAAGCUAUCGCGGUUUGCUAUCGGAAGUCCUAUGACGCUCCGCAUACGCCUAUGAAGAUGUUUCUGUGUGAGCACCCGACGGAGGUCUAUGCCUUCGUGGAGGACAUUGACGUCUUGGGGGACAAGUGUGGAGGAGUGCCGAAUGUGAUGUGCAAUGGUCCAGGCAGCUACGACUUCGAGUUGUUGAAAUGGCGGGCGAAGGUCUUGCGGGAGAUAUUCCCCGGUAUGGAGAUGCGGCUUUGCCUCUACGAGGCCUGCGGCCUUUACAAGGGCCCUGAUAUCUUCAAGGAGUCCUACCAUCUCGUUUGGCCGAUGCUUCUUGUGAACAAGGAGCGUGCAGCGGCAGCGCGUAAGUUGACAGUGCGCCGGUUCCAGGAAUGGAGCCAGGACGAGGUCUUGCCAGUUGAGGAGAUUUUCUUCGAGUUCCAAGAGGGUAAGUUCGAGGAGCUCCCCCGUUGCAUCACGCUGGCGAAGGGGCGGACGCACGGCGAGUGGGCGAAGAACGGCAUGUGCCGUCGCACAGGGAAGGAGCUAAGCUACUGCACCUCGGCUCCGAGUUUGGGUGCGGAAAGCUUCGGCUAUGAGAUGUUCAGGACCCCGGGAGUGGCAGCACAGGAGGCAGCGGCGGAGGUGGUAGCUGGGGAGGCCGGUGGCGGCCACGGUGGUGGCCACGGCGGCGGCGGCUGGGGUGGUGGCUGGGGCGGCGGCUGGGGCAACUGGGGAGGAGGAGGAUGGAUGGAGCAAAAGGAGGAAGGAGGAUGGAAGGAGCAAGCGGAGGAAGGCUGCUGCCACAAGUUCGAAGGAACCAGCGAGCAGUUCGUGGACAUUCUGCGCAGGCGAGUUCCGCAGCUCUUCGUCGAGACGUACAAGAUCCAGGGAGGGAUCCAGGUGAGGUUCGGCAAGGGGAAAGGAGUCAUCGACUUCUUUUCCGAUUGUUCCAAGGCUGUCGUGCUUCGAGGGCACGAGCCGCAGAAGCGGGAACUUUCCCGUUUCCUUCAGGGAUGGUGUAGCUAG